UCUUACAAUUGUGUUUUAGGGUUGUUAUAGCGUCAAUUAUGAAAGUACAUGCCCUCCUGUGAACGCAUUUGGAAUAUCAUGGCCUCGUACAGAACCAGGAAGAAUGGCUAAAGUUGCAUGCGGCAAAGGCCAUGCCAAAUGGAAAUGUAACAAGAAACCAACAUGUUGGAAAGAAGAACCAGACAUAAAACACUGUACAUCUGAGAGUAUACAAGAGCUAACUUCACAGGCUGAUGAAUUCUUAGCCGACCCAGAAGAUUCUGAAAAAGCAAUGACAUUUACUGGUAAUUUAGCAGCAAUGGUAAACGAAUCAGAGGAAAUGUCAGAACAAGAUGUCUACCAGACGACAAAAUUAAUGAACGCUGCUUCAAAUGCUAAACCAAAGAAUUCGAAGGAAGCAAAAGGCAUAAUUAAGAAUGUUGCUAAGUGUGGAAGCGGGUUGGUUAGAAAUGAUAAGGAUAAAACAUGGUCCAAGAUGAGCAAGGAAAGUCAGCGAACUAUAGCCUCAUCUCUACUGAACUCGAUGGAAGCUGUUACCAAUAAACUAAUGAAAGCAUUCGAUAAACCUACAGUGGAGAAUAUCGUUGAAGACAAUAUGGAAAUCGAGUUACAAGUUAUAAAUGUAACUGCCAUACCUGGAAGCGAAGGUCCCAUGUUUCAUGGUGAAUCCAACAGUUUUACAAUACCUUCGGACAUUCUGAAACAAUUCAACACAGGAGAUUUAGCACGAUUGGUGUUCAUAAACUACAAUAAUGUUGGACCUCUGUUAAGUCCGGUUGAUGACGAAGCAGACGAUAAAUCAGAACGCCGUGUAAUGAGUCAAGUGCUAAGUGCAUCUCUUGAUGAGGAGCUUGGAGACAAGACACUGGAAAAACCUGUUACAUUUUCAUUGAAAAUCAAACAUCAAACUCCAAACCAAGAUAUGAUUGAUCAGUUAUGUUCAUUUUGGAAUUUCAGUCUUGGGUUCUCGGGAGCAUGGUCUCAGGAAGGCUGCUCUCUGAAAGAAAAGAACAACACGCAUGUCACGUGCCAAUGUAACCAUUUAACCAAUUUUGCUGUCUUAAUGGAUGUCCAUAGUACUAAGUACAAAUGUAUGUAUUUAUUUUACUAUGUGUUGGUAUUUGAUUGCUUCAUAUGGUAUGGCUUUAUAUGUAUUAGCAUACGUUGUAUACGUGGCAGUAGAAGUAGUUACGGACACGCCGAGGGUAACGAAUAUUACGGCCAAAGUGGAAGUUAUACUGGAUCUACAGCAGGUUCACGUUCUGCCCAAGGAGAAAGAAAUUCUAUCCACAAAAAUCUUGCUUUCUGUUUGUUUAUUGCUGAAUUACUAUUCAUUUCCGGGAUAGACAGGACAGACAAUAUGGUUGCAUGUGCUAUAAUAGCAGGAUUUCUACACUACUUCUUCUUGUCCAGCUUCACAUGGAUGUUUGUAGAAGGAAUCCAAAUACUGUUUAUGUUGGUACAAGUCUUCGACGCUGCCAAAUCGAGGCUCAGAUAUUAUUAUGCCAUUGGCUACGGUGCCCCAUUACUAGUGGUUGGCAUAUCAGCUUUAGUUUAUUAUGAAGGUUACGGAACAGAAAGAUAUUGUUGGUUGACUACAGACAGAAUGUUUAUUUGGAGUUUUGCUGGUCCUGUUGCAUUUAUUUUAUUGGUGAAUCUAGUGGUCCUUAUUUACGCUAUGUCUACUGUAUGUAAGCAUUCCGAAUACGUGUUUGACAAAGAUAAAUCAAUGUUUGGAAGUUUUAAAGCAUGGAUACAAGGAGCGUUGGCGAUGGAAGUUCUGCUGGGACUUACUUGGGUGUUUGGAUAUUUCUAUAUCAGUGAAGGAGCUAUACCAGUUGCAUACUUCUUUACAAUUUUCAACAGUCUUCAAGGCCUAUUCAUUUUCAUAUUCCACUGUAUAUUAAAUAAAAAGGUUCGUAUUGAAUACUCGCGCUUUCUUGAUAUUCCAAGAAGAUAUUCUUUAGGUUGGACCAACUCUUCUAAAGGGACAAAUCCGGGAGCAUCAGAUCAUCGGAAGAAUACAAUCCCAAUUAAUGGGACAAGAGAGCAACCCGAAUGCAUUGAUUUGGAAAAAGACAGACGACCUUCGACCAGGUCGACUACAUCUGCGUAGAAAAUGUUAUUCAAGUUUUUGUGUGCAUGGUUAUUUUAAGUUGAACAUAAUUAUGUACAAGGACUAGCAAGGGCUUUUAUUGUUGUGAAUUCAACUAUCACCGGUGAAAUGUGUUUUGUUUAUGGUGCUAUUUAUAUCAUUUUAUUCUGUUAUUAUUUACGAGUUUUGACAUAAUAUAUGACUUUGGUAUUUCAUUCAUGACGCAUUGUGCCAAAUCAUGCGUUUUGCCAUAAACAGGGUCAUAAAGACCCUUAGUGUAUAUAAUACAUGUACAUGUAUAAAAAAAUUGAAUCUCAAAGAGAAGU